AUGGUGGACUACCUGAUCAGCGGCGGCACUGGCUACGUCCCCGAGGACGGGCUCACGGCACAGCAGCUCUUCGCCAAAGCCGACGGCCUUACCUACAACAACUUCCUGAUCUUCCCAGGAUUCAUAGACUUUAUAGCUGAUGAGGUGGACCUGACGUCAGCCUUGACCCGGAAGAUCACGCUGAAGACGCUGCUGAUCUCCUCUCCCAUGGACACUGUGACAGAGGCCGACAUGGCCAUUUCAAUGGCUCUGAUGGGAGGAAUUGGUUUCAUUCAUCACAACUGUACCCCAGAGUUCCAGGCCAAUGAAGUACGGAAGGUCAAGAAGUUUGAGCAGGGCUUCAUCACAGACCCUGUCAUGCUGAGCCCCUCACACACUGUGGGAGAUGUGCUGGAGGCUAAGAUUCGGCACGGCUUCUCUGGCAUCCCCAUCAUGGAGACAGGCACCAUGGGCAGUGAGCUGGUGGGCACUCUCACCUCCCAAGACAUUGACUUCCUUGUUGAGAAGGACCACACCACACUACUCAGUGAGGUGAUGACGCCCCAGAUGGAGCUGGUGGUGGCUCCUGCAGGAGUGACGUUGAAAGAGGCAAACCAGAUGUUGCAGCGCAGCAAGAAAGGGAAGCUGCCGAUUGUCAAUGAUCGCGACGAGCUGGUGGCCAUCAUCGUCCGCACGGACCUAAAGAAGAAUCGAGACUACCCUCUGACCUCCAAGGACUCCCAUAAGCAGCUGCUGUGUGGGGCAGCCGUGGGCACCCAUGAGGAUGACAAAUACCACCUGGACCUGCUCACCCAGGCGGGUGCCGAUGUCAUUGUGCUGGACUCCUCCCAGGGGAACUCAGUGUAUCAGAUUGCCAUGGUGCACUAUAACAAGCAGAAGUACCCCCACCUCCAGGUGAUUGGGGGAAAUGUAGUGACAGCAGCGCAGGCCAAGAACCUCAUUGAUGUUGGUGUGGACGGGCUGUGUGUGGGCAUGGGCUGUGGCUCCAUCUGCAUCACUCAAGAAGUUAUGGCCUGUGGUCCGCCCCAGGGCACUUCUGUGUACAAGGUGGCCGAGUACACCCGGCGCUUUGGUGUGCCGGUCAUAGUUGAUGGUGCUAUCCAGACCGUGGGGCACGUGGUCAAAGCCCUGGCCCUCGGAGCCUCCACAGUGAUGAUGGGCUCCCUGCUGGUGGCCACCACAGAGGCCCCUGGCGAAUACUUCUUCUCGGAUGGGGUGAGGCUCAAGAAGUACCGCGGCAUGGGCUCACUAGAUGCCAUGGAGAAAUGCAGCAGCAGCCAGAAACAAUACUUCAGUGAGGGGGACAAGGUGAAGAUCGCACAGGGCAUCUCAGGCUCCACCCAGGACAAAGGCUCCAUUCAGAAGUUCGUGCCCUACCUCAUAGCCGGGAUCCAGCACCACUGCCAGGACAUCGGGGCCCAGAGCCUGUCCGUCCUGUGGUCCAUGAUGUACUCAGGAGAGCUCAAGUUCGAGAAGAGGACUAUGUCGGCCCAGAUCGAGGGUGAUGUGCACAGCCUGUACUCUUUCGAGAAGUGGCUGUACUGA